GCUAUGGGAGCUGCCACAGGGGCAAGAGCAGGCGCAGGGCUGGGGCGCCGCGAUGGCGAAUUCUCGCAGCGCUACCCGGCGGCGGCGGGAGAGCGGCGCAUUGGCGUGUAUGAUCUCCGCCGAGGUAGGCGCAGUGCUGGCCACAAUGCGGCGCAACAGCCGCUGGGCCGGGAGGUAUGAAGAGCAGCUGGAUCACUCCCUGAUCUAUUCCCUCAAGCUCCUGAGGCGAUCUAUCUUCAGCUGGACGAAAAAGCCCUGGAAUUCCAUCAAUCCCUGCCUCUACCUCGCGCCUUUCCUGGAUGUGGUGAGAUCGGACGAGACAGGCGCCCCAAUCACUGGCACGGCUCUCAGCGCGGUCUACAAGAUCCUCACCUCGGAUGUGUUUGAUCUCCGGACCAGCCAUGUCGACGAGGCGAUGCAUGCGAUCGUCGAGUCCGUGACGAGCUGCCGGUUUGAGGUCACGGAUCCGGCGUCCGAGGAGGCUGUGCUCAUGAAGAUCUUGCAAGUUCUUCUGGCUUGCAUUGGCGGUGAUAUGGGGGCAGUGCUCGGGCACAGGGAUGUUUGCAACGUUGUCAACACGACCUUUCGGGUGGUUCAUCAGGCCGGGAACAAGAGUGAGCUCCUCCAGCGCGUGGCCAGGCACACCAUGCACGAGCUCGUGAGAGCCAUCUUUGGGCAUCUCUCCAGCAUGGAUCCUCUCGCCGGGAACAAUGGUUUGCUUGUUCCAUGGAGCAACGUCGAGAACAAUGUCGGUGUUAUUCGCUAUCAUCAAGGACUACAGCAGCAGCAACAGCAAAUCUUGUCUCAUCUAAGUCUUGCGCAACAAUGUGGACUUGUUAAGAAGCCCAGAGGGGAGUUGACGGAAGAAGAGUGGCGAAUCGCUCGCGAGCAGUCGAUGGCGAGGAGGGACGCACUGCAUGGCUGUCCAAUUUGUCACGAAAUUUUUAUUCGUGGAGACCAGGUAACUUUUACUCAGCUGCUCUCAUAUCUUUCACAAGGUUUGGAGCUCUUCACGGAUGGUCUUUUAGUGCCACGGAAAUCACAUCAGGGUGCCAAUAUUUGCAGCAAUGCUUGAAACGUUUUGAGAAGUUCUCAAGGCAACGCUGCUGCCCGGUGUGCCGGACCGAGCACUAUCAAACCAUGGCCGUGAGGAUACCAUCGACUUUGUACAAGAACUUCUUUGCAACAAGGCAUGGAAAUUCCUUGUUGCUUUUAUGAUCAAAGCGAAGUGUUUUUUUUUUUUUCCGAAGGAUACAGACGGCGUACAGGGCUUACAAGUGUCGGAGAGACUACGCUGAGUACAAAUGGAGACAUCCACCUGAAGAUCCAGGCAAACGAAAGGAAUGGUUUGCAAAAAAGCUUGAAUCGGCUUCAAACAGACUGCUGGAUCAAAUGGCUGUAGACGAAGACAAUGUGAAGCUCCUCUUGGCCAGCAUCGACAACACUCUGGCCAGUAGUAAGCAGAUUUACGAUGUUCUUGGCAGCAGAGAUCAAACGAAGGAGGUGGACAGUUUAAAUCUUACUGAAGAAAGCGAUCUUAAUUGGCACCAAGUGAUCGAAAAGGCUAUUGAGAGAUAUGACAUUGAUCGUUCCAUUUGCAUAAUGCCGCUGCAAAAGGAUGGAGGAUCCAACCUUAGCCUGCUCAGCUGCAGCCACUUAUUCCAUAGCCAUUGCAUCUCGGAGUUUGAGGCGUUCCAUGCAUCGGCAGAGCUCUUAUGCCCGAUUUGUAGAACCAUGUAAAAGAGGUUCGACUUGUAGCAAUUCGAUACUCAGAAAGAAAACACUCCUUUUGACAUUUAAGAAUGAGAAAUUACAUGACUUAACAGGAA